CAGAGACCGAGCGAAUGGAGGAGUUCCGCCCCUCUCCUCUUCCCAGUAUGAGGGUCAACGCACCCGAGUUUGACUACUUGCGCAAGCCGCCCACCCUUCGCCGAUCAACCGACCCCUCUCCAGCAUCCCCCACCUCGCCAUCUUGGUCGACUCCCACGCUUCCAUAUCGCCCUCGCGCCUCCUCCCCGCUGUCUACGCUUCAUGUGAGGUCGAGGUCUGCAGUAAACCUAGCACCACCCAUGGCGCGCACUCAGUCUAUGCCCGGCGUAAACGGGUCCGGUCAUCUUCUCUUUUCACCACAUAUCCGGCCACAAAGCCCUGCUCAGUCGCCGAGCCGGGUCCGUCCUUUGCGCAAACCAGUCGACGAAGUUUUCCCUUCCUCGCCAACUCGUGUCUCGGUCCAUGACCUUGAAAGGCAGCUUUCCGAGAGAAACAGCUCGCCAAACCUAACCCUUGGGUCAACAUCUACAGUAACUUCAACGGCCCGACUACGACGACCUUCUUCACCUUUACGGCUUGUUCAUCAUGCCAGCACCGCAUCGUUGUCAUCCGUACCAUCAACUCCUACUUCAAUCGCAUCGUCGCCAUCCUACCGAGCUUACGACUCAUUUUCCAGCAACUAUUACACAACCUCCAUGCCUUCAACACCUACUUCCAUGAGAUCCAGGAGCCCCAGUAUUUCCAGUCUUGAAACCAUCCCAGACACCCCAGAUGCCGAGGAGGCCGCUCUAGAAGCCGAGAGAAUCGCGCAGCUGAAGGCCGAAGCGGAGGCGGCGGAAGGUGGCGGUGAUAUCAAAAGCAAAGCGAAUGCGGAUGCUUUGUCGCGAGGCAGGACUUUAGGGUUUGUGUCCAGAGACAAGCGGAAGCGGUGGAGUGUCUGCGGUGCGGAGAGGAGACAGGAUCUCGAUUUGGAGACUAUUUGGGAGGAUUAAACCUUUCGGACCUGUUAGUGGUGUGUUUCUCUUGGUCCGGUACAGUACCAAGAAACGACGUCCGUCACAGUAGCGACACCCAGACAGGCAGAUGCGCCCGGUGUUCCCGAUCUGGGUACGAGGACGAGGUUUUUCUUGUUUGCAUACUGGGCGGCGGCUUUUUUCCAGUCUUUUAUCCUUUUUUUUUACCAAGCAUAUCGGCAUCGAACUCUUUCAACCAUUGGGAAAUAUUGGCGGCGUUUGGUGGGGAUGGAAUUAUUUCCUUCGAUACCCUCUCUGCAUGGGUGUCCGACAGUCGAAGGACGGACGCCUAUGGCAGCAGCCGUUCUUGUGCGUUGGGUAAAGCAAAGCACUUUGCGAUGAAUGUGGUGUGGGUUUCGUUUUCAGCCAUCAUCAUGACUGAGGUCAAUCUGUCGUUGUUUUUUUUUGCGGCCUUCUUUUUCUUUCGCUCGUUUCGUUUAGCGACUACUGGUUGGGGCCUUGGAAUGGAGUUGGACUGUAUGUUACCAUCGGAUUUCCCUACGGCUUGAAUAAGUUAGUCAUAAGCGCUCUAAAGGAUUCGCCUAGCCUUCUUCAUAUCAUUAUCAAAAUGGAUUGUGAUUUGUUGUG